UCCUAAGAUGAGGAGUUUAUAAAAUCAAUAUUUUUCUAAAAAAAUUAAUUUGAACACAGCUUUCACUUUCACUAAAUAAGAGAUUAUGCCAAGCUUAAGAUCUUAAUAUUAGUAUAAAAAAAAAAACUUCAAACUUGAACUCACUAAUAAUGAGGAUUCCUAACCAAACUAAGGAAAAAAAGAAGAAGAAGAAGAAGAAAGAAUUCAAAAUCAGACAUAGGCAAGUGUUGCUUGUGAGAAGUUGAAAACUUGUGGUUUCUUGUUGUUUGGGGCAAAACAGACAUAGUCAAAAAGUUUUGUAAAGUCAAAAGGAUAGAGCUCCAUUGGAUUUAAUUGCAAGAGUGCUUUGCAUCUCCUACUCCUUUCUUUCUUCUAUUUCUAUUUUAAUUUUUUUAAUUCUUUUUCUUCUUUCUUGAAUUCCAAUCUCUAUCCGCCGCUAUGUGCUCUUUUUGACCAUUCAAAUGUCAACUCCCAAAACAACCCAUUAAUUGUCCUAUCCAACACAAACUUUGCUUCUUCUUCACUGCCUUUUGCUCUUGGUCUUUGGAUAUGAUAUAAUCCCUAUUCUUGAUCUCCAUUUUCCCAAUAACACAGAAAGAAAAUCUAUCAUAUAGUAUGGAUAAUCUUCAACUUGAAUCUCUAGACGUACCAUCCUUCUUUAUCUGCCCUAUCUCUCUUCAAAUGAUGAAAGAUCCAGUUACCAUCUGUACUGGCAUGACCUUCGAUCGCGAGAGCAUCCAGAAAUGGCUAUUCUCUUACAAUCACAUCACUUGUCCCAUUACUAAACAGCCCCUCUCUGACUUCUCUCUUAUCCCAAACUCUAAUCUUCUUCGCCUGAUACAAUCAUGGCAGGUGCACGACUCAUCUUAUAGAAAGUCUAUAGAGCAGCAACGACAGGCAAAGCACGACGCUUUCAUUCCUCUUAGAGUGGUUCUUGAAGAGAUCAAGCAACCCCAUUUGCACGUAAAGUCUCUAAGAAAGAUCAAGACACUAAUCUGCGACCGGACUUUCUUCACGGGCGAUGAUGUUUUAUAUUCAUCUGUAGCAUCCCUUAUUGUUAAAUCUGAGUCCAGCAUCACUGGUCAUGAUCAUUCUUCGAUACUUAUCGAUGAAGCAGUGUCUGUGCUGUGUCUUUUAAAGCCAUCUGAUGAGACAUUAAAGAUAGUCUCACAAAAUGGAAAUGGUCUUUUAAUUGAUUCGCUUUGUACAAUAAUGACAAAGUACCAAUACGACCAACCUAGAACUCAAGCUGCUGUUAUAUUGAAAUCCAUAUUUAAAGUGGUGGAUGGGAUUUACAAGGAAGGACUUAAAGCAGAUUUCUUUGAGAGUAUUGCGGAGAUAUUGAAGGAUCAAAACUCGAAGCAAGGAAGCAUGGCAGUCUUAACCAUUUUAACGGAAGUUUUGCAGUUUGGGAAAAACAAAGAGAAAGCUAUUAAAGGAGGACUGGUUCCGGUACUAGUUGAAUUGCUUGCUGAGAAGAAUGAAAAGCCGGCUUGUGAAAUGAUGUUGUUUGCACUUGAAAAUCUUUGCAGGAAAGCUGAAGGGCGGGCGGCUUUUCUCGCCCAUCCAAUGGGCGUAGCAGCUGUGUUAUCAAAGAUUUUGAGGGUUUCCCAUGUUGGAAAUUAUAAAGCAAUAAGUUUGUUGUUAUGGAUUUUCAGGUUCUGUAAGAGCAAUGAAAUUGCAGAGGAAUUUAUGGAGGUGGGUGGCGUGGCUAAGGUUUUCAUGCUGGUACAAACUGGAUGCGAUUCAAAGACUCAGGGUAAAGCUUGGGAACUUUUAGGGUUUCAUAAGAAAAUAUGGGGCAAGUCUCCUUGCUUCCCCUCUUCAAUCAGAGACUGAUUAUCACUUCUUCUUCUUUUUUUUCUUUUUUUUUUUCUUUUUUUUCCUUUUUCUUAAUUUAAGGUUUGUUUAUUAGUUUCUUGCUUUUGUUUCUGAAUUUUUCGUUACCUUCAACUAGAAAGGUCCGUCUUCCCGUUUCAGGGUGAUUUUGUGAAAGCUAUGUGCCAUAGAAUUGUAAAUCUCAAAACUGAAACAUCUUGUAAGCUGCUUUACUUUUCUUGUUUAGAAUUUCAAUUUCAUUGAAGGGUAUGUAAAAUGAAAAUUAUAUCCA